UGUCAGAUUGUUUCAUAAUGUGUUUUGCUUGACGUGAGAUAACUCCUCCUCCUCCUCAUUGCACAGGGAGCAGUUGGCGUGCUCUGCCCCCUCCUGUCAUGUCCAGGAGUGAAGAGGGGUAGCCUGUGGGUAUGCAGAGCUAGCCUCCAGGUUAUCAGUCAGCUUGCUGAGGUCACGUUUCCUGGGAAGGAGGCCUUAGGUCUGCAGUAGAGCCCCAAGUCUGUGCAAGAAAUUGAGUGUUCCAGGGUUCCUAUCAUUAGUUUGUAGUUAACAACUGAACGAAAGAAAUAAAGCCUGAGAAUGGCCCAGAAGGGGAAUCCGUAGUCAGGUGAGGAGCCGCAGCUCCCUUGACCUAAACGUGGAAUUCACAGGCAGCAAAGUGACUUGGAAAGUCACACAGGGUUUUUCUAGAGAAACAGAUUGUUCUCUCAGUCACUGGUCCCUCUUAGUGAUUGAGGUUGAGUGUAAAGGCUUAAGACACUUGUUCUUUCUGCCUGAGAAAGACCUUCGUAAGGGAAUACAGAUGGUCCCCAGACAGGAUUUGUCUACUUCAUGAUGGUGCAAAAGCUGUAUGUUUGGUAGACACCAUGCUUUGAGUUUUGAUCUUUCUCUGAUUCUGGGCAGUGGCAGCCCCGGCCAGUCACGGUCUCGAAGGUCAACAACCCAGACUCCACAGAAUAGUGUGGAGGGUGCUUUUUGACUAGUCGGUCAAGGAGCAUCUGUCGUCUUUUGGGAGGUAAUAUCCUCAGGUUGUUCAGGAGAGAGUGGCUGUAGGGCCACAGGCCCCGGAUUGCUGGGUGGUCAUCUUGUGGUCACGGCUGGAGCGCAUCCCGGUGUGAGUGUGGUCGGUCGGGAAGGUGGUGGGGGAGAAGGGCACUAGAGAAGCCAGGGGUAAAAGUUUGCACUUCUGCCUGAUGUGGGCCCAGACAGAAAGUUAGUGUGCCUGAGAGCAGGAAGUACGGAGCACCCUGGCUGCUGGGAGUGGGUAGGGGAGACCGUGCUGAGCCGUCUGAGCACUGUGGGGUCUGGCGGGAGUUUGGGUACAGUCCUAGCAGGGGCCACGAUUCAACUCCUGAAAUGAGAGUCAGAGCCUGUGACGGGGGGUUAAGAAAUAGCAUGGUCUUUGGUCUACAGCUAGGGCCACUAAAACUUUUGCUGGAGUUUAUUGAAUGUUGUGAGGUUCCAAAAUGCACCUAAAAAAAAGCCUAAACCUAAAAAACAGAUCCAAGUCAACAGAUAAUCUCACUUUAAGCAGAGGGAGUGUUUGAAAUGAACGUACGUGCUGUCAGGAAACUGGUGAAGAUUAGGCUGAACAAGAUUGCAUUUUCCAUUGAGUGACUCCCUUGGCCAAACGUAUCACUUUCUAGGGACACAUGGGUGUGUGGAUAACUAGGAUGUCAAUUGUUUCCGUCUUCGAUGGCCCUUUCCUUUCGGGGGGGAAAGAAAAGUAACAUGUGUAAGUGAUAGCUGACCACUAAUAUGACCUCUGGAGAGCCCACAGCGCAGUUUGUGGUUUCUCUUCGGGAAGAUGAAGGAAGUAAAAGGAGGAACUGGAUUAUUGUCUUUAGUUUCAUUGCAGAGUACGUCUCAGAGCUCCCUGUGCCCUUCCCGGUGAGUUAAUUACUAUAUGUUCACAAUUCCCAAGGCUUGCAGAGAAGAAAAACUACAAUUACAUUUGGUGUAAGAAGUUGCCUCAGUCAUGUAUCGGCUCGAGGGAUGGUAUUUCAUAGUGACUUAAGGUGGUUCUGCCUGGGAAUGGCUGUGUGCGCUCCACCAGUUGUAACCUGGCGUCUCUGUGGUCUGUCCCCCUUUCUAGGUAUGGAGGUGAGCAGCAGCGUCGCCAUGUUGGUGCCAGACAUUGGGGAACAGGAAGCUCUAUUGACGGCCGACACUGUCAUCAGUUCUUCACUGGAAAUUGAUGGACAAAGUUCAGCUAAAACAGAUCCAUUAAUCCAUGUUAUCCAGAAGUUGAGCAAGAUAGUGGAACAUGAAAAGUCACAAAAAUGUCUUUUAAUUGGGAAGAAGCGCUCACGUUCAAGUGCUGGGACGAGCUCUCCCGAAGCCCAGGAGCUCGGUGAGAUUCCAGCGAAAGGAGCCCCGCCCGCUGUUGCUGACAUCAGAAGGGCCGAGCCGACGCCAAUCCCUUUCAGCCCGGACCCUCUCGCCCAGAACGAUGGGAAGGCGAUGUCUUACCAGUGCAGCCUCUGCAAGUUCCUGUCCUCAUCUUUCUCUGUGCUCAGGGACCACAUCAAGCAGCACGGCCCGCAGAAUGAGGUGAUUCUGAUGUGCUCCGAGUGCCACGUCACAUCCAGAAGCCAAGAGGAGCUCGAAGCCCACGUGGUGAAUGACCACGAAAACUAUGCCAGCGGCCCCACGCCACCCAGAGCCGAACCGAGCGUGAGCCCCUCCAGCUCCGUGUGUCUGAGGCCCACAGAGCGGAAGCGCGAAGGCACUCCCGACCUCUCCGUUAGCGUGCGCAGUCCACAGACGCAGGUCAUCCCCGCCGCCUCAGCCUCCGAGAAGGACAGGGGGAGGAGGAAGUGGUACGCCUACGAACAGUACGGCAUGUACCGGUGCUUAUUUUGUAGCUACACGUGCGGGCAGCAGCGAAUGUUGAAGACACAUGCUUGGAAGCAUGCCGGGGAGGUGGACUGCUCCUACCCGAUUUUUGAAAAUGAGAACGAGCCCCUGGGCUUGCUGGGCUCCUCCGUGGCGGCUGCACCAGGCGGGGUCGAUGCCGUGGUCAUCGCCAUCGGAGAGAACGAGCUGAGCAUCCACAACGGGCCGGCGGUCCAGGUGCAGAUCUGCAGCUCAGAGCCUCUGUCCUCGGCGUCGGCCCUGCCGGGUGCGGAGCGAGACGCGGGUCUCGGCCGGUCGGGGGCCCUUGAGCCCCACGAGGAGGACAUGUUGGAGGUGAUCUCGGACGCGGAGGAGAGUCUGAUGGCCGACAGCCUCCUCUCGUCGGCACAGAAGAUCAUCAGCAGCAGCCCCAACAAGAAAGGGCACGUGAACGUGAUCGUGGAGCGUCUGCCCAGCGCCGAGGAGACCGGGUCACAGAAGCCUUUCCUCGUGAAUGCUGCGCUGGAGGAGGGGGGCCUCCCGGCCCCUCCAGGGCCCCCGACAGGCUGUGAGGGGAGAGAGGAGGCCUAUCGUGCCAAUCAGUGUACCGUCGACAUCGGGGGGCUGAUCAUAGGCUGGAGCAACACAGAGAAGAAGGAGAGCGAGCUGAUCCAUCAGGGACUGGCCCCUGAUGAGAACGCCCCCCCGGGCCGAAGGAGGACGAAUUCCGAGUCCCUUAGGCUGCACUCGCUGGCGGCAGAAGCCCUGGUCACAAUGCCCAUCAGAGCCGCCGAGCUCACGAGAGCCAACCUCGGGCACUACGGGAACGUCAACCUCUUAGACCCAGACACCGGGCAGAGACAGGUGGAUAGCACCUUGGCGGCCUAUUCUAAAAUGAUGUCACCACUUAAAAACGCUUCAAAUGGACUAACGAGUUUUAACCAAAGCAGCUGCCCCUUGGUGGCACUCCCAGAGGGCAGGCAGGAGCUGUCCGACGGGCAGGUGAAGACGGGCAUCAGCGUGUCCUUGCUCACUGUCAUUGAGAAGCUGCGGGAAAGGACGGACCAGAACGCCUCAGAUGAGGACAUCCUGAAGGAGCUGCAGGACAACGCCCAGUGCCAGCCCAGCGGCGAGGCCGGGCUGUCAGGCGGCGGCUUGGUGGAGUACAUCCCCAAUGCCGAGCGGCCCUAUCGCUGCCGCCUCUGCCACUACGCGAGCGGGAACAAGGGCUACAUCAAGCAGCACUUGCGGGUCCACCGGCAGAGGCAGCCCUACCAGUGUCCCAUCUGUGAGCACGUGGCCGACAGCAGCAAGGAGCUGGAGAGCCACAUGGUCCACCACUGCAAGGCCCGGCUGUACCAGUGCAAGCGCUGCGCCGAGGCCUUCCCCUAUAAGAGUCAGCUGAGGAGCCAUGAGAGGGAGCAACACAGCCUUCCAGAUCCCCUGUCAGUCGUGGCUUCUGCUGAGCCCAGGAUUCCCAGGGACAGCGCUGAGGCGAAGUGUGCCCAGGAAGAGAAUAAGUCUUCAGUCCAGAAACAGUACAGAUGCGACGUGUGUGAUUACACAAGUACAACAUACGUUGGUGUCAGAAACCACAGACGGACCCACAACUCGGACAAGCCGUACAGGGCCCUGCUUUCAUCCUUUGGUGGGGCUCCCUCUACAGACCUGGCUCCCUCCCGCUGCAGGUGCUCUCUGUGCGGGUACGUGUGCAGCCACCCGCCUUCCCUGAAGUCGCACAUGUGGAAGCAUGCCAGCGACCGCAACUACAACUACGAGCAGGUGAACAAGGCCAUCAAUGACGCCAUCUCCCAGAGCGGCAGGGUUCUAGGGAAGUCCCCUGGAAAGACUCUGUUAAACGGCAGUGAAGACGGAGCUGACCCUCCCACUGGGGGGGUGGACACUGUGGUGUCGUCCUCGGAGCCGGCUCCCCAGGCUCCCACCGAGCGAGAGAAACUGAGCCCUGCAAGUAACUCCUCGUGUCGCUUAGACAAGAACCCCGGGGCGGCCCCCCCGGGGAUGGAGUACUGCGUCUUACUCUUCUGCUGCUGUAUCUGUGGUUUCGAAUCUACCAGCAAAGAAAACCUGUUGGAUCACAUGAAGGAGCACGAGGGCGAGAUUGUCAACAUCAUCCUGAACAAGGAGCCCAGCGCAGCUCUCAACACGAGCUAGACCCGAGGGCCUGCGUCUCACCUCAGACGCCCGGAGACACCGGAGGGGGGACCGACAGGGGUGACUUUGGAACCAAAUGUGUAAUGUAAUCAGAGGAAUUCCACAUGGAUGAGCAGCAAUAAUAUUUAAGUAUUCUGAGGGAGGGGAAAUGGGUUGGGAGGAAGCAAAGAUGUGACCCUGUAUUGACCCUCUGUUACCUCUUGUUAGUGUUGAGCGUAUUUAUUACUAAAAGCUUAUUGCGGUCUAGAAAUGCAAGCAGAAGAGCUAAGAAAGGGUUUUUCAGGAACUGUCCUGAAACGAUUGCUAUAAAAGCAACACAGUCUCAAGCAGGGCUUGGUUUUCUUCCUUUGCAGCGAGACAGCGGCUCUGCAGGGAGGGCUUCCCAGCAUUCUACCUGAGUCUUCCCCAAUGGAGAGGACAUGUCAGAUACUCAGUCUCAGAAACGUCGUUUAUCCUUCAAAAAAAGGAAAGAAAGGAGACCUCUGAAUCUACCCCUAGAUUGUAAAUAGGCAUUUAAGGAGUAAAUGACUGUCUUAAUUUUACAGGGUUUCCUGUGGGCACUAGACUCAGCCAGACCUUGGGGUUCCUAACACUGUCUCAGCCCAGGGCAGGUGCUCCCCAGAGGUUCCGUUCGGGUCUGAUGGGUCACCACGGGGUCUCGGCAGUUACACAGCCGUCUGCCCCUCUCCUGAACCAGUCCGAGCAUUUGGCUGGAAGAAGACUAUUAAAACAACAAAGUAUACAGAUUUGCACUUGAUCAUCAGACCUUGGAAGUAGUUUGAUCUCUCUUUUUUUAAUAGUUUGAUCUCUUAAAUAAUAAUCAUUUGGGGGAAGAAGGGUGAGAUCAAGAAUCCCUUAAAAUGAGGGCUUUGAGGUUUUUCUUUCCUGGAGUUCAUUGAUUUAGUUACACUUAACAUAAGAGAUGUUAACCACAUGUGGCUAAAAUGUGAAAAUUCGGGUUGUUUCUAAAGCUUAAUAACAAAUAACAUUUGGCAAGUCUGCAGGGUUUCUCCUUUCUAGGAAAUUCCUCCUGUGGGCUUUUGCUUUAGAACACGCCGUCAAAUAGAUGUGACUUCUCCUUUGUUACACGUUUUGUAUCCACGCGUUUCCCAGUCGAGAGGACGGGUGUUCUGUUUUGCGUUGGGGGUUUGAUCACUUGCUUGCGCCUUGUUUGGUGAAGUAAGCUGUGCCCGUAGCUGGAGGCGGUGCGUGCGGGCCACCUCUGGUGCUCUUCCUCCACGGCUCCUGCCCGGCGCCGGUCAGCGGGAAACGGAGGACAGGUUUGGAAUGUGAUACUCAUGUUUUAGGGAAGAAUGCUCUUCCCGAAGUCCAGGUGUGACCUGAACGAGUUAACAUUUCUGAGUAGCAUUAGGAACUAUUUCAGUGGGGCCAGGCAUCAUUUCAUUUUCCUGAUGACUUAACACACAGGAUGGAUGGAAGCUGUAAGUUACUUAUGAAAGUUCCUCCAUUCCUGAUGUGUGGAUCUGACAAAGGUAAAACAAAUUUACUUACCGUAAAUUCUGUUCCCCAGGUCCACUGCAUGUGGAUCUAUAGUCAUUUCCUCCUGUUUUCAGAAUUUCAUUUCAUUUCAAAUUCAAAUAAAAUAUUUUAAAUAGUUCCAUUAUUAUCACUUAUGUUACCCCUCAGUCAACUCCUCCAUUGCUUGUAGCUAUGACCCACUAUUUCUUUACAAAAAUCUCUGAUUGUGAAAAUUAACAACCUUGGAAGAAUUUUGUUUUAUAAAUUUUCCUUGGCUUUAAUUUUGUGUAAUCAUUUGGAAAAUACGAAUAACCAAAAAAAUCCCAACAAUUUCAACAGUGAAUUUUUAAAUUAUCUUUCUUCAUUUCUUUAAACCACUUCCAUUGAUUGUUACUUAAAUUUUUCAUUUGAAAUCAUGGAUUUAAAGUAUCCCUAGCUCAUGGGAUAAAAACUAGCCCAGAAGUUCAGUCUUCUAAUGUUCAUCUGGCCUAGACAAUCCUCAGAAGCUCUCUCCUGGCCUGUAGGGGGAACCACAUACCCAAGGCAUUCUCCUUACCGGUUUGUGGCCAGCCUUAAAUACCCUCCCAGAGACAGUGGAGUGUUUCUAAAGACUAAACACGCCGUGGUAAUAGAGGAAGAGACAGGCAUUCAAGUAACCAGAAGGAGUCCCCUUUCUAGGAGUAACAUCUUAUUUACUGGCUCUGACCUGUUGCCAUACAAGACCUUUUGUUCUCCACUCUGAACACUUGAUAAUUCUAAGAGUUGAUAGUGAAAAUAGUUUUUCAGAUAAACUUACUGAAUAAGGCAAUGGUGGGGAGGGGAAGGUGAUGCAUGUGCCCAUUAUAAGUAACACUUUUCAGGGCUCCACUGUUUUCCCUUCCUCUAAUAAUCCAGAACACACUGGCCGGGCUCCGAAGUGCCAACACUCCGCGAUCGGGAGGCACCACAUGGUAGUGACACUUGUACAGCCUUUGCCCAGGUCUUGCAUCCUGUUCGAGGGGGCUCUCUGUGGCCGGGUGUCAUUUCUCUUUCCUCACAGAGCAGGGGAGGGCAUCCACGUUUACAUUGCAUCUCCUGCAGUGUACGAGGCUUGGCAGAGACGAGCAGACUCCCCUGGUGAGACUCGGUAUAUUUUCAGUUUUCAUAGUCACUUAUUUAACCUUUUUUUAUUGUACAGCAAGGUGCUCUAAGUCAUAUUCUAUAAAAUAUAUUUAAUAGAAAUUUGAGUUUGCUAUUCAAGGACAUGAAUACAUGUAUUUUUUUAAGAAAUGAGUAUUGUGUAACACUAUAGCAUUGCUUCUAUAGCCAAAGUCUGAACAUUUCUGGAACACUGACAUGGGAAGACUACAGUUCAUCCUGACAAUGUGUAAAAUGGGAUGGUUUGCAUUUUGUGAAAUUAUCCUGCACAGCGAGCUGCAUGCCUUAAUGCCCGAAACUCCAGGGUUGUGUUCACGGCAGAACAGCUUGCCCGCUCACCAGUGAGGCAGGGCUGCCGUGCGCCAGCUGCCUUCGGGAAUACUGUACAAUGUUAGAAUAAUUUAUUUUGCUUUAUAGAAAUUUGUCAUGUAUUGACUUUAAUAUUGUAUUUUGGUAAUAAACUUUUUGUUAAAAACA